GGUGCCCAACACAACAGGUGGAACCUGAAUGGAAUAGACUAUCAACACUGUACACAGAUAUGGGAAACUGGGAGUAGAAAAACAUCAGAAGAUAAGGAAAAAAAAAAAACCUAAGUUUCCCAUAUCUGUGUACCAUCUCUGCUCUCAGGGUGGAGAAUAAAGAUGAGAGUAGAGCACCAUCUCUUCUCUUCUCUCCUCCUCCUCCUCCUCUUAGGCCUUCUACACCAAUUACAAGCCCAACCAGACAUCACUGGCUACAGCUGCUCAGCCAACCAAUCCAUCUACCCCUGCCACACCUAUGUCUUCUACCGAGCCAUGUCUCCCAGCUUCCUCGACCUUGCCAACGUCGGUGACCUCUUCGGUAUAAGCCGACUCCUGAUAGCAGAAGCCAGCAACAUCUCUUCCCCAAAUUCAACUCUCGUCCCUGACCAGAACCUCUUCGUUCCUGUAACAUGCUCCUGUGACUCUCAAUACAAUCUCUCCUAUGCCAAUAUCACCUACAAAAUCAAGAAAGAUGAUACCUACUACCUUGUCUCCACGACUCUGUUCCAGAACCUUACUACUUAUCAGUCUGUUAUAGUCGUCAAUCCUACUCUAGUCCCUACAAAUCUCACCAUUGGUGUCCAAGUUGUUUUUCCGAUCUUCUGCAGUUGUCCCAAUAGUACUCAACUGCAGAAUAACAUCAGUUAUCUCAUCACAUACGUUAUUCAACCUUCCGAUACCUUUGAUUCAGUAGCUCAGAAGUUUGGGUUGAAUUCACAGUCCUUGAUAGAUUUAAAUGGAGGGACCAUCUAUCCCAACCUUACCAUCCUCCUUCCGGUGUCUCAACUUCCUCAGCUGACACAGCCUGCUGCUGUUCCUUCCACAGUACCUUCUACGACCACAGAGAGAAAGGGGGUUAAUACUGGGUUGGGAAUUGGGUUGGGAAUUACAGGUUUUCUGUUAAUUCUGUUGAUCCUGAUUAUGGGCAUAUGGGUUUAUCGAGAGGUAUACUUGAAAAAGGGCUAUGCAGUUGCAGAAAUCAAGGAGAAGCAGUCCAAAUUUAAGCUAGGGGGAAUGUUGGAUGGAGAUUUCAUGGCCGAUGUUUCGGAUUGCUUGGACAAAUACAGAGUUUAUGAGAUUGAAGAAGUGAGAGAGGCAACUAAUGGAUUCGAUUCAAGUUGCUUGAUUCAUGGCUCGGUGUAUAAAGGAAGAAUAGGAGGAGAAAUCUAUGCCAUUAAGAAGAUGCAGUGGAAUGCAUACGAAGAACUGAAGAUCUUACAAAAGGUUAACCAUGGGAAUCUAGUGAAGCUGGAGGGUUUCUGCAUUGACCCAGAAGACAGAAACUGCUAUCUUGUCUACGAAUACGUUGAGAAUGGAGAUCUCCAUUCAUGGCUUCAUGAAGACAGCAGUAGGGGAAAGCUCGACUGGAAGACUAGGCUACGAAUUGCCAUCGAUAUUGCUAAUGGUCUCCAGUACAUCCAUGAGCACACAAGGCCAAGGGUGGUGCAUAAAGACAUCAAGACUAGCAACAUUCUAUUGGAUGGAAAUAUGAGAGCAAAGAUUGCCAACUUUGGACUAGCCAAAUCUGGUUGCAAUGCCAUAACCAUGCACAUUGUGGGUACUCAAGGUUAUAUUGCACCGGAGUAUCUUGCAGAUGGGAUUGUAACAACAAAGAUGGAUGUUUUCUCCUUCGGAGUGGUUCUACUUGAGCUAGUUUCUGGUAAGGAAGCCAUUAAUGAGGAGGGAAAGCUCCUAUGGAUGGAACUCAGUGCAGUUUUGGAAGGGAGUGAAGAGGAGAAGGAGGAGAAGUUGAAGGCAUGGAUGGAUGCCUUUCUUGUUGGGGAAUCAUGCUCAAAGAAGAGUGUGAUGAAUGUAAUCACUGUUGCUGAGGCAUGCUUACAAAAAGAACCCUCUAAGCGGCCAAGUAUGGUAGAUAUUGUCUACAUGCUGUGCAAGAGUGAUGAUUUGUCCUUGGACCUCUCUGAGGAUAGCAAGUCAGUCACUAAUGUAUCAGCCAGAUAAGACUUAAGAGAAUUUAGUGCCAAGGUUUUAGCUUUCCCCUUCCUUUAAUUUGAUUCAAGGGGAUCAAAUAAUAAAUCAUGCUGUUUUUUUUUUUUCAUUUUUCUCCUUUUGUUGUAAUACAUAUAUAUAAUAAUCCAGGCAGUCUAUAUAAACUAUGUACUUAUUUUCUUUUGCCUUUUUGGUUCUUUUAGUAUUUAUAUAUUUAUUUUGUUUGUGUGUAUGAAGCUUUUGAAUAUUUAUGGAGUGAGCAGCCUGAGAGAACAUGUA